AUGUCAACUGAACAUAUUCAUCGUUUAUCAACCUCUUCUACUUCAUCUAUUUCUUCAAUGUCAACUGAUGAUUUUCAUAUUUUAUCAACCUCUCCUGUUUCAUCUACUUCUACAUCAUCAAAUACAAAUGCUUCAAUAUUUUCUUCUUCGUCAAAUACAAAUGUUUCAUCAUCUUCUUCGUCAAAUUCGUUAUCAUAUUCUAGUGAACGAAUAUGUUAUUUAUUAAAACAUGAAAAACAACAAUACGAUAUUGUUGAUAAUAAAGCAUCAUCAACUGUUGGCUCAUAUUGA